AUGCUGGGCAGAACACGCUUCGCAAUUGCACCGCAGGGCCUGCGCAAGGCAGGCUCGUUGACGCAGACACGAGUCCUGUACCAUGCUCUCUCCUCGCAGCGGCCGGCUGCUCAGCUGGCUCUUGCGAAAGCGCCGUCACAGUCGCUGGUGACCAGGCCUGCUCCCACGACCGCUCUGAUUCCCACUCCCCAGACGCUGUCACAACCUGGUCUGCAGAUCCAGCGCUGGCAGUCGACAACAACGUCUGCAUCCGAUUAUCCCGUCUGGCAACCCCAGACCAAGGGCAUUCUCUCCGUGCUGCCGCCGUCGUGGGUGCCCUACGCGGAGUUGAUGCGAAUCGAGAAGCCCGGCGGGCUGUACGGCUUCUACUUCCCCUACCUCAUCGGCCUGAGCUACGCGGCCUGCAUCGCGCAGCCGGUCAUCUCACCGGCGUUCCUGGCCAGCACCAGCGCGGCGUUUCUGGUCUGGAACGUCUUCCUCCGGGGCGCCGCCUGCGUGAUCAACGACAACUUCGACCGCGAGUUCGACCGCCAGGUGGCCCGGUGCCAGCUGCGGCCGAUCGCGCGGGGUGCCGUGACGCCUUUGCAAGGCCAUGUCUUCUACUGGGCGCUGACGGCCAUCGGGGCCGGGCUGGUGUCGCAGUUCCCGCACGCGACACAGUGCUUCUGGCACGCGAUCCCGAUCCACGCGCUGGUCAGCCUGUACCCGCUGGCGAAGCGGUGGACCGACUUCCCGCAGGUGGUGCUGAGCAUCCCGCUGUCGUGGGCGGUGUUCAUGUCGUGCUCGGCGCUGGGCGUGGAGCCGUUCACGAUGCAGGACACGGCGCUGGCGCUGGCGACGACGAGCUUGGCAGCGUCGCAGGCAGUGUGGAUCGUCAUCUUCGACUACGUCAACGCCUGCCAGGACACGGUCGACGACAUCAAGGCCGGCGUGCGGUCCAUGGCGGUGCGGUACCGCGACACGUUUGCGUUCAUCUCGGUGCUGGGCACCGCGCAGGUGGGCUUGCUCGUCGCCGCCGGCUGGCUGGCGGGCCUGUCGCCGGUCUACUACACGGUCGCCUGCGGGGGGAACGCGCUCUGGCUGGCGAUCAUGGCCAAGACGGUCAACCGGGCCAAGCCGCACAUUUCAGCGUGGUGGUUUGCGUGGGGGAGCUUGAUUGUGGGCGGGACGACGGUGGCCGGGCUGUUGGCCGAAUAUUUUCAUUUUUUACUCGAGAAUAUCAUUGGUAUUAAGUCCUCGCCAAGAAAAACCCCCUGUCUGAACUCUGAACCCUGGUUGCAAGCUGAUCGUGUACCUAGAACAGUAUGGAGUACAGUGGUCCGUACAGUACAGUAUAUACUUUAUGGAUGGAUAUAUAGACUACUAGACAUAACUAUGAAUCUACAAUAG